AUACAGCUCAACAUUAGUAAACGCAGACUUAUGAUUCUGGAUUCAAUCAAAACACAAGGUCUGCAGAAGUGUAACCUUAUCUUGAUACAAUCUAUACUGCUAUUCUGCUUUAGCUCCGUCGAACAAACUCAGCUUGUUGUAAUUAUUGUCUUAUUUAUGAACAUAUCAAAACAGCUGAUCAACUACAAACGGUUUCUUUCUGAGAGGGACUAAGACCGGGGACUAAGAGUCGUCGAAAAACCAAUAGCUGUGCAAUUUUAUCAGUUUACACUUCCCAAACAGAAAUCUUAAUCUUCCAACAUGUUUCAGGGUCAACAAUGGACAGUGGUGAAGUUUGCAUCCAUUGCAAUAGCAUUCAUGGCCUUCGUUCUUUACCUCUACCAGGCAGGUUCUCUUCCAUUUAUACCGACCAAAAACGCCCCGAAGUCGGAUGGUGAACGUCUGACCUAUGCUUUCCGUUGCCUGGCAUUUUCUAUCCUGCCCCUCUUCAUGGGCAUCAGAGCUGUUGGAAACAAACGAUUCAGUAACAUCGACACCCUCGGGGCAGAUCCAACCGCUCCGGUCGACCCCGUCAGACAUCGAGACUUCUUGACCCGCCAAAGGAAUCUCCAGAAUACCUUGGAGCAGACAGUCUUACACAUCGGAGCAGUCCUAGCCCUGGCAUCAAGUCUCCCACUUGAUCAACUCUCCGUGAUACCCGUCUUGGUCUUCUUCUUCGUCAUCGGUCGGAUCACCUACUAUAUUGGAUAUCUUUACUUUGAUAACCAACUUUACAGAAUUUUUGGCUUUAGUGUAACAUUGUUUCCAUCUGUAGUUGGCCUUGGUUAUGCCCUCUUUAUCAUAAUUUUUCGAAAUUAGUGUUAUAACUAGAACAGGAACUCUCAUUAUAUUAGUGUGUAUGCCGGAUGACUUAAUGUAGUAUAAAUCGUAUGAUUCUAGGCAUGAUUGUACUCUUAAAGCCUCUGAUAAGUUAGUUUUUCCUCUUAAAGGUAUCCAUUUUAAGUAUUAUUUCUUCAUGUUCCUCAGACAUUCUAAACCGUAUGUUACUCAAGAAUACGAGAACUCUUAUCUAUUAUGAUUCAUAUGUAAAUGUUAAACUCAGUGCACCCAAAAACUUGACUUUUUAAUACAUUUCAAUUGAUCUUUAUUCAUUAUAGAGAUCACAAUCGACACCUAUUAAUAUACAUUCAUGACUGUGACACGAAGUACAGUUCUCUCUGUAGAUCAAUCCUAAAUCACUUAUAAAAAGGAAGAAUUUGUUAGACUGUUUCAUUUUUUUCUUCUUUUUUUAAAGAGUAGAGUCCAAUAUGAAAUAUAAUCCCCAUAUAUCCUUAUGAUUAUAAUAAAAAUCUCUGAAAACAGUUGAAAAGACACCUUUACCUAAAUGAGGCGAAAAAAUAUUGACACCGAUAUAAUUCCUUUUGACAUUAUAUGCGCUAAGAAGUCUAGUUUUAUUCGCAUAUGAUUUACCUGACACAAGAAACAUAAUGUAACAUAGAUGUGUUUCUUCUGUAGAUUAAUUGAUCGAAUAAAAUAAUAGAGAGA